UAACUUUUGCGAGAAUGAUUUAACCCAAACCCUAAACUAAGAGAAGAGAACAGAUGAGGAGGAAAAGAAGGCGUUGAAGUUACCGGAAGCGGACUGGGGAACUCUAUAUACAUGUCAUCUCCCGCUACAAGUGGGUUCAUUAAGUGGAGAGUGUUGGGACAGAAUUCAGAUGGUGGUUGGAUGAUGAAGUUGAUGUAAAAUUCGGAUGGGAAGGAGAAGAAGGAGGAGGGGCAGAGCACUGGAUGCAUAGGUAGACGGGCACAUUGCGAGGAGUUUCUUUUCGCAACUUGUGGGGGUGUUGGGAAUGGGUGUCGACGCAGCUAUGGAGCUUCUGCGCGCUCGGUUGAAUCGAGUCCGCAUUCCAGAGCCUUCCAAUCGGAUCUACAAGCAAGAAUGCUGCAUUUCUUUCCAAACCCCAAGGUCAGAGGGAGGCCUUUUUGUGGAUCUCAAUUCCUUCCUUGCCUUCGGCCGGGAGUACGUUAUGUGGAAUCACAAGAAGACUGGAAACUCGGUUUAUCUAAAUAUUAAGGAGAGGCCUAAGCCAGUCAGUGAAGAUCGGCCACACAAGAAGCCCACAUUGCUGGCAAUUGGUGUUGAUGGAGGUUUUGACACGAAAGAAACUGAAUAUGAAGAGUUUUAUAAUAUCGUUCUUUUACCAGAAUUUGUCAGCUUACCAUUUCCAAGUGUUGAGCUACCCGAGAAGGUCAGGUUGGCCGUGGAUGGGGUGCUGGCAGCUGUUGGUGCUGAGCGGAAGGAAGAGGUAUCUGCAUGGACUGCUGGCAAGAAGCAAGUGAGCGAGUCUGCACUAAAUUUACAGCAACUGGACAACGGUGUGAAGGUGGCUCCAACUGGCUGGAAGUGUUCGAAGUGUGAUAAAACUGAGAAUCUGUGGCUCAAUUUAACAGAUGGCAUGAUCAAUUGUGGGAGGCGAAACUGGGAUGGUAGUGGGGGUAAUGGCCAUGCAGUGGAACAUUACCUUCAGACAAAGUACCCCCUGGCCGUGAAGUUAGGCACAAUAACAGCUGAUCUAGAUUCUGCAGAUGUGUACUCUUACGAGGACGACGAAACUGUUGAGGAUCCAAUGCUAGCUCAACAUCUAGAGCACUUCGGCAUCGAUUUCUCUUCUUUGCAGAAAACUGAAAUGACCACAGCGGAAAGGGAACUGGACCAGAACGUCAAUUUUGAUUGGAAUCGUAUACAGGAAAAGGGCAAAGAGUUGCAACCGUUAUUUGGACCUGGUUAUACUGGCCUUGCUAAUCUUGGAAACAGUUGUUAUCUCGCGUCAAUCAUGCAAGCCGUGUUUUCAACCAAGGAUUUUCAGCAAUACUACUACAUGAAUGCCAAGUUGGAUGACGCUUUUGAACGGGCACCAGCUGACCCAACGCUUGACCUUAAUACUCAACUAACAAAGUUGGCACAUGGGAUUCUCUCGGGAAAAUACUCGUGUCCAUCCGGGAAGGUGACCGAGAAAGAGGAGGAAGAAGAUGAGGCUGGAAAACUUGUACAGAAAGGCAUACCACCGCGGAUGUUUAAAUCACUUAUCGGGACUGGGCACCCGGAGUUUGCUAGUGCUAGGCAACAGGAUGCUUUGGAGUUUUUUCAGCACUUUCUGGAGCAAGUGGAAAGGAACCAUUCUAUGAACUCCCUCGAAGAUCCAUCCCGUGCAUUCAAAUUUUAUGUGGAGGAAAGAAUAAUGUGUUCUACCUCUCGUAAAGUUCGAUAUACACGAAAAAUUGAUAAUGUGCUUUCCUUGAAUAUACCUCUUCACGCUGCAGUGAAUAAGGAUGAAAUAAAUGCUUUUCAAAAGUUGAAGGCAGAGAAGGAACAACUAGGAGAAAAGCUGGAAGUUGAGGAGUUUGUGAGGCCUAGAGUUCCUUUGGCAGCAUGUUUGGAAUGUUUCUUCGCUCCGGAGGAAGUGCAAGACUUUUACAGUACGGCCACGAACUCAAGAACAACUGCAAUAAAGACAUCAAGAUUGGUGACAUUUCCAGACUACCUCGUUCUACACAUGCGAAAGUUCCUGCUUGAUGCCGGCUGGGUGCCAAGAAAACUAGAUGUUUUCAUCGAUGUGCCUGACGAGAUAGAUAUCAGUUAUAUGCGCGGCAAGGGGUUGCAGCCUGAUGAGGAGCUACUGCCUGAAACAGGAGAACCUGAGGAGUCGGGGCCAUCAGCCGAUGAAGGCAUUGUUGCACAACUUAUGGAUAUGGGUUUUCCUCGUGUUCGGUGUCAAAAAGCCGCCCUUAAUACCUCGAAUACGGGUGUUGAGGAAGCCAUGAAUUGGCUACUUUCCCACAUGGAUGACCCUGAUAUUGACAUGCCACUUACUUCUGGAAACAAAAGUUCAACAAGUGCUGUGCAACCAACUUACGAUCAGAGUCACGUGGACACUCUCAUCUCCUUCGGUUUCCCCGAAGAUGUAGCUCGAAAGGCACUUACUGUUUCGGGAGGAGACGUUGAAAGGGCAGCAGAAUGGAUAUGCAGUCACCCCGAUGACAUCGUUGCGAUGGAGCUGGAUGUUACUACCAGCAGGGAGCCUUCAACAUCGUCAGAACAACCAUUACCGGAUGGCUCGGGAAAGUACCAGCUCUUGGCUUUUGUAAGCCAUAUGGGAACAUCCACACAAAACGGACAUUACGUGGUACAUGUAAGGAAAGAGGGUCGUUGGGUGAUAUAUAACGACAGCAAAGUAGCGUUGUCCGGAGAUCCCCCAAAAGAUAUGGGGUAUCUCUACUUUUUUCAACGGGUUGCCUCAUGAUCAUGUUCCUACACUCUCUUGCAAGAGCAGCUUAUGUAGCGUAGGGCUGGUUUGAGGUAGAGGAGCGUUGACUACAUUAUUUUUCCCUCUGCUGAUAGUUGAGUCCAAAUUGAAUUCGAGGGUGUAAAUGAUGAGUAGGAAACAUCCAAAGAGCAAAUUGUACAUGACACUCCCAGUUUCUGUAAAUUGUUCAAGUCAGGGAUGCUCUUCAGUGCGUUUUCUCUCUUUCAUCCUGUGACCUGUGUACAUCCUCAUCCUUUUGUUGUCACACUGGUGUGUAUACUAUCCGCUUCAUAAUCCAGAACAACUCUCGUUAGGG